UUUAUAUUUUUUCAACUUUUAGGAACCAAUAAACCUAUAGGCAUCAACUGAACUUCCUCUAUAAAUACUAGGCACAGCUUCACUCUCCACAUAUACCAAAGACAAAUUCCAAAGUUCUUUUUCUUAGGAUGGAGCUUUUGCAGAAAACUCACUUGAGAGUACAAGUGCUUAGAAUAGCUCUUGCUUUUCUUCUGGUGGCACUUCUGAGUUCAGAGAGAGGUGAGAGCAGAAAAGCAAAAAUUGUGACCACUUCCUUUGAGUACAGUGCUAUAAACUGCAGAGCACACAGUGCUUCAUUGACAGAUUUUGGUGGUGUUGGUGAUGGAAAGACAUCAAACACAAAGGCAUUUCAAUCUGCAGUCAGUCACCUGAGUCAGUAUGCUUCUCAAGGUGGUUCUCAGCUCUAUGUUCCUGCAGGAAAAUGGCUCACUGGAAGUUUCAGCCUCACCAGUCACUUCACCCUCUAUCUUGACAAAGAGGCUGUUCUCCUUGCUUCUCAGGAUAUCACUGAGUGGCCUGUGCUUGGACCCCUCCCAUCUUACGGUAGAGGAAGAGAUGCACCAGCAGGAAGGUACACCAGCCUCAUAUUUGGAACAAACCUCACUGAUGUUAUUGUCACAGGAGAUAAUGGCACCAUUGAUGGUCAGGGUGCGUUUUGGUGGCAACAAUUUCACAGAAAAAAGUUGAAGUACACUCGGCCGUACCUGAUUGAAUUAAUGUUCUCAGACAGCAUUCAAAUCUCAAAUCUAACUCUCCUUAAUUCCCCAAAUUGGAAUGUUCAUCCUGUUUACAGCAGCAAUAUUAUUGUGAAAGGCAUCACCAUAAUUGCUCCUGUGACGUCUCCAAACACAGAUGGCAUCAACCCAGAUUCCUGCACAAAUGUAAAGAUUGAAGACUGCUACAUAGUUUCUGGAGAUGACUGUGUAGCUAUCAAGAGUGGAUGGGAUGAGUAUGGCAUAAAAUUUGGGUGGCCCACAACACAAGUAGUGAUAAGAAGGCUUACAUGCAUCUCACCAUUCAGUGCAACCAUUGCCUUGGGGAGUGAGAUGUCAGGAGGGAUCCAAGACAUCAGAGCAGAGGACAUCACAGCCAUCCAAACAGAAUCAGGUGUCAGGAUCAAAACAGCAGUUGGAAGGGGAGGGUUUGUGAAGGACAUAUAUGUGAAGAGAAUGAACCUUCACACUAUGAAAUGGGCAUUUAAGAUGACAGGUGAUUACAACUCACAUGCUGAUACACACUUUGACCCUAAUGCAUUGCCUGAGAUAAAAAACAUCAACUUUAGGGAUGUUGUGGCUGAGAAUGUUACCAUUGCUGCAAAGUUUGAAGGAAUCUCCAAUGACCCUUUUACAGAGAUAUGCAUUGCUAAUGUGACACUAGGGAUGGCUGUUAAGGCCAAGAAAAGGCCAUGGACUUGUGCUGAUAUUAAAGGGAUCACGAGCGGGGUGACGCCUCCACCGUGUGACUUGUUGCCCGAUCAGGGGCCAGAGAAAAUCACAGCAUGUGAUUUCCCAGCAGAAAGUUUGCCUAUUGACAUGUUGGAGCUUAAGCAAUGUGCUUACAGCAUGAAAUAUGUUGGGAUGUAUUAGUUAUUGAUGUAGUUUAUGUUUAUGUAGGAAUAGGACAGCUCGAUUUGGCACCCCAACCCUUAGAUUUCACACCCUCAAUUUUCGGAUUUUCGGGUUCCGAAUUAUUUCGGAAUCUUAUAUUCCGAAAUUAAUUCAUGAUUUGUAGUGCAAAAUACAUGUAACACCUCACUUUUGAGUGAAAAAAUAUUUCGGAAAUCUUAUUUCCGAAAUAUUUCGGAAACUAAGUUUCCAAAAGUGGGGUGACAUUUCUAAUGAGUGGGGUGUCAAAUCUAACUCUCUAGGAAUAGUCUUUCUCAUGUAUUAGUAUUUCUCAAGUUUAGAAAUGAAUGAUGUUUCAAAUUAUAGUAA